CCAAAAAUAUAUUAAAAUAACAAUUUACAAAACAGUAACUUUAUUCUGAAGGUUAUUCAGCAUUUGAAAACAAAUUUGUGGUUCAGAUCUGGACUUUAGGCCACUAUUUUAUGUUCUGAUCUGAUUUUGAAAAUUGUAUCUGAAAUGCAAAAAGUCAAUUUAACUGUUGGUGCUUUUUCGGUAAGAAAUUUAACUGUUGCAUCUUUGAUUUAAUAAUAUAAGCUGUUUGAUAUUGAAGGUGCCAUUUGCUCGAGAUUUUAUGGAAAAAGAUACUGAAAUUGUUACUAGAUUGAAGUCUCUUAAAAGAGCUUCAGCAAUUCUAUUGGAUUAUGGUCCUUUCAAUCUGAAAUUCAUUUUACCCGAGGAAGGACAAUUGGGUUUACUAACAGAAACUGGUUAUCAUGAUGGAGUUUUGGGUUUAAUGCAAGAAGGGAAGGUUAAUUUGUGCUUUUUGCCAAUGCCGCUGGAUACCCAAAAGGUUCCUGGUUAUUUCAGUUCUGUUGUAUCAGAAGAAAACUUCAAUAUAUUUAGUACACGAAACCUGAAUCUUGACAAUUCAGCAGUUGUUUCAAGUCUAACAUCAGUCGAAGCAAGUCCUUUAUUAUUUGCUAUUCUGGCCAUAUUCAUAUUGGAAUUGAUUGCUGUUAAAAUUUUCAACAUUGAAGCAUUGUUAACAGCCAUCUUUAGAUCCUUCGGUAUCUCAUUUUACCAAGAUUUAUCUCACCGUUUCCCAUGGCUUUGCUUGAUUCAAAUGCUUAUCCUAAUGUUUCCCGUGUUCAUCAUCAAUUCUGCAUUCAGUACACAAACUAUUGUUGGAACUGCGGAUUACAAGAUUGAUACAUUAAAAGAUGUUAUUGAACAGGGAAAGAUACCAUUUUUCAUCGAAGGUAUCUCAAUGUACGACUUCUUCAAAGGCAAAGUUAAUAAAGAUUAUGCCGAUGUUUAUGAACGGGCCGUUGCCAAUGGAUUGGAUGAACCAUUUCGAUUAGGACCUGUUCCUGUAUUUGAAAAGAGCGAAUUGAUGGUCACUUUCCUAUCAAGUGUUGGCAGAAAACUAGCUCCAUUAAUGAGUUCAGUAUCUACAUAUUGCAAAAUUAACCAAGAGCAUUACUUCUCGGUACAGCCUUUUCAUAGAUCAUUACAAGCUAUGCUUUUCAGCCAUAAUACUUCCGAAUCCACCAGAAAAAGGUUCGAUACUCUAUCUCGCCGGUUGAUUCAAAGUGGGAUUUUUACGAAAAUGAGAGAAGAUUCUUACGUUGAGUCUAUACUCUCCUUUUAUCCUACAACCUUAUACCACUUUCACAAGUCUGAAGCUCCUCUUAAAGGCGAUGAUCUCAAUUGGCAGUCAUUAGACUACAAUAAAUUCUAUCAAAUAUUCUUUAUUUAUAUAAUUAUAGUGAUUAUGAUAUUAACUGUUCAGCUGAUUGAGCUCAGCAUUGCGUUGUAUUACACUUAUAAAUGAAUAAAACUUAUUAAAUCUUGCAUACAAGAGACAUUCAGGUAAACACAA